GGUCGGUGGCAGUUUCCAAAAGAGAGAGGGGGAAUCACACAGGGAAACCCGCGACGUUCUGUCUAUCCUACCUGUCUUUGAGCACCGGUCUUUGAGCACCGGUCUCUGAGCACCGGUCUGUGAGCCCCGGGCCGAGGCAGUCCUCCUGCGGCCCCGCUGCAGUCUCUCCCGCGCAGAGAUCGGGAUGUGCUGGGUGCUGGAGCGGAGCCCGGAGAGCAGCGGGCUGGGGAGGGAGAGCAGCGGGAAGUUCGCGCUCUACUUCCAGACGACGCUCAGUGCGGAUUAACGGAGCCAUUGCAUUUACUGGAGGGUUGAAUAACUUAUUCCAUCAUUUGGCUGUAGAAUCACAGCAGUUCUUCUUGUUUCUGAGCUGAAAUAUGGUUUAAAGAUGCUCUUACUCAUCUCCGGAGUGUUUCUGCUGCCUGGCUGAGCCGCUGCCUCUGGAUCUGUGGCCAUAUCUGGAGUUAUUUAUAUUUUAUUUGACUUAACAUUAACAGGAUUCAACACAUCCAGGUCCAAUGACCGUCUAAUGUCCGUGCUGAGUGUGACCAGGCGUAUUGUGACAUGGAAAAAACGCGACUCUACAGCCUGCUUUAUUACUUCAUCCUCAAUUCGCCCUUUAUGAUUUGUGCAAAUGCUGCAUUUACUGAAGUCCCUAAAGAUGUGAGUGUGGGGGAGGGAGAGGACGUGGAGAUGCCCUGCGCCUUCAAGGCUGCCAGCGCGGCCCCCAUGUCUCUUGAGAUCCAGUGGUGGUACCUGAAGGAGGACGUGCGUGGAGAUCUGCCUCAUGAGCUGCAGAUCAGCGCCCCGGCCAACAGAGCCAAGGUCGUUCCAAGGGAAGCCACAAAAAUAAGUACCGUGCGUGUCCAGGGCAACGCCAUCUCCCACCGCCUCAGCCUGUCCAAGGUAAAGAAGGACGAGGAGGGGGUGUACGAGUGCCGUGUGUCGGACCUGUGGGCGGACGAGUCUCAGGAUUUUACAGUUCACGCCAUGCUGCAUGUGUCGCUGGGGGACGGCAUGGUGGCCGAGGAGGCCGUGUCACACAUCCAGAACCGCUGGCCGCUGAGGAACACCAACACGGCGCUGGGAGGGGGCCCAGCGGGGAGGGCCACCUCAGAGCCCGAACAGGAGCUGACAAGGGGUCAUAGGUCAGGGCAGGGGAAGCAGCGGGUGCAUCAGCAGGCCCAGCCCGGCCUUCUCCCCUCAGUCUCCUCCACCACCACCUCCUCUGUGGCCAAGUCUUCGGCUUCCCCCCUGCAGAGGAACGCAGCCAUCCUCCGCCAGCAGCUGGGAGCGGGCUGCCAUCUGAUGAGCUCCAUGGACCCCCUCCUCUGCAUCACUCUCCUGUUCCUGCAUAAACUCCUCCCCUUCCUGUUGGCCCACUGAAGAGACUUCAACCAAAAUAAUGCCAACCUGCAACCUUCUCACUUUCUAUACCAAAAACCAAACAGCAGCAAGCAGCCGUCAGCGGGGAGGAGGGGUCACAAUAACGCGAUGUAUGCCGUUGCAACAAAUCACUGCAGGGAGGUGAAGCGGAGCGAGAGGACUGAGGAGUCGGACAGAGACACUGAAGGAAGUGGAGCUUAAGGACGCUCUUCAGACUUGAAACAGACAUGGAAGUCACAUGACUGUCAGCCCAGUAGAGUGGAGAGGAGGAGUGUGCUCAUGGUGAAUGAUGGGAGCAUCACCACUGAUCCUCACAGUGAGGCCACAUGCAGCCUGUACUCUGCACCGCCUCAUGCACAGCCCCCCCCCCCCCCCCCCCCAACCCUUUUCUGUUGCAGCAUUUCCAUUAUGAAUCCGACUACACACAUCACUUCAAUGUGAGCCCCACUACUGACGUGUGUUCUGAAGACAUGGGACAGUUAUUUCUUUAAUCAGCUGAUUCUUUUUCUGUCGCCAUGUGAAGCUUCUUCAUUAUUCUGAGCAUCCUCCAGUGUGUCGGUCUGCUGUGUAUUCACCCCCUCUCACACACACACUUUUGUUCUCAUAGCUGUGUUCUAAAAUGUGAACAACAAAUAAUAAGCUGAUAUAUUUUGAUUGAGAUAAGGCACAUCUUACCGUUGUUGUUGUUAAUCACCUCUAAUAAUGUUUAUUUUUAUUAAAUAUGGUGAUCAGAUUAAGACAUUUCAUUUCUAUGAGAAAAAAAGGAUUUAUUGGUGACUUGCCAACAGCCGU